CUGCAGCUUGCCGGUGGAAACAUAUAAGAUUUGUUUAUCAAUCGUUUAUCUAUAAUUCAAGUUCUAUAAUUAUUUCUAUCAUUUUAUAAUAGUUAUUUCUUUUAAAAAAAUGUCUUCCAAACCUGCAUUUAAAGUUGCCGAUUUAACAUUGGCGGAAUGGGGACGAAAAGAAAUUAUCUUAGCAGAACAAGAGAUGCCUGGUCUUAUGGCUAUCAGAAAGAAAUAUGGUCCUCAAAAAAUUUUAAAAGGUGCACGAAUUGCCGGUUGCUUACACAUGACAGUGCAAACUGCGGUUCUUAUUGAAACUCUCAUUGAAUUAGGAGCUGAGGUUCAAUGGUCCUCGUGUAAUAUAUUCAGCACACAAGAUCAUGCAGCUGCUGCUAUUGCGAAGGCAGGAAUUCCCGUAUAUGCUUGGAAAGGCGAAACCGAUGAAGAAUAUAUAUGGUGUAUAGAACAAACUCUACUAUUUAAAGAUGGAAAACCAUUAAACUUGAUCCUAGAUGAUGGUGGAGAUUUGACUAACUUGGUGCAUGACAAAUUUCCGAAAUAUCUUAAGGAAUGCCGAGGUAUUUCUGAAGAAACUACAACCGGUGUGCAUAACCUGUAUCGCAUGAUGAAAGAAGGCACUUUGAAAGUUCCUGCGAUAAAUGUGAACGAUUCAGUAACAAAGAGUAAGUUCGAUAAUCUUUAUGGAUGCAGAGAAUCCUUGAUCGAUGGUAUUAAACGAGCGACAGAUAUUAUGAUCGCUGGUAAGAUCUGUGUAGUUGCUGGGUAUGGAGAUGUUGGAAAGGGUUGUGCCCAAAGUCUUAAGGCAUUUGGUGGACGUGUAAUAAUUACAGAAAUCGAUCCCAUUAAUGCAUUACAAGCAGCUAUGGAAGGAUAUGAGGUAACGACGAUGGAUGAAGCAUCACGAAAAGGACACAUUUAUGUUACCAGUACAGGUUGUAAACAUAUUAUAACGAGCAACCACUUUCUAAAUAUGCCAGAAGAUGCUAUAGUUUGCAAUAUUGGUCAUUUCGAUUGCGAAAUCGAUGUUACAUGGCUUAAACAAAAUGCUAUUGAAAAAGUAAACAUUAAGCCACAAGUAGAUAGAUAUCAAUUGAAAAAUAAAAGACAUAUUAUCCUCCUCGCAGAAGGUCGAUUAGUUAAUCUUGGAUGUGCUACAGGACAUUCCAGUUUCGUGAUGAGCAAUUCAUUUUCGAAUCAAGUUUUGGCACAAAUAGAAUUAUGGACCAAAUCUAAAUCUUAUCCUAUUGGAGUUUAUAUGCUACCAAAGAAAUUAGAUGAAGAAGUUGCUUCAUUGCAUUUAGAUCAUCUUGGUGUGAAAUUGACCAAAUUGACAGAAGAUCAAGCCAAAUAUAUUGGCGUACCUAAGGAAGGCCCUUAUAAAGCUGAUUACUAUCGAUACUAGUUACUAUUUAAAUUCAAAGGCUCUGAUGUACUUUUUUCUGUAUAAUACGAAUAAUAAGAAUGCGAUGUUUUAAUAUAAAUCAAUUAUUGAUCUUUAUAAUUAUUCAUUCAUUGUUUUCAAUAUAGAUAUCUUAUUUAUGUAAAAAAUAUCGUUUUUUAAGUAAAGUUAUCUUGUUCAAUCAUUUUUGUA